GCACACUAUAGAGUUAACUGAAACACUUGAAAUAUUUUUAAUUUGCAUUUUUUGGGAAUUAGGAUGUUGCUUUUUGCGUGCUUUCCAGAAACUUCCUAAGUCAUCUUCUAGCCUCGUAUGAGUGACGAAAAAGCUUUAAAUUCGUUGUCUUCUGGAGCAUCUUCAAGAACAUCGUGUUACGAAGUCGUGGCAAAAUUUAUACAAAACUUUUGAAACUAUUAGCUUAAUUAGCAUUAUAUUUCGUGAUGCCUCGAAGAUCAGGUGGCGGUGGACGAAUGUCUGCUCCUCGUAUGCCAGCAAGGCCAGCGCCUGCUCCAGCACGAUCAAAUGUUCCUGCUACUGCACCCGCUAGGCCCUCUUCUGUUGCACAACCGGCACCACAGCAAAGCUCACAGCCUGGUCUGUUUGGGCAAAUGGCAUCAACAGCUGCUGGUGUUGCGGUCGGAUCUACGAUAGGUCACACAUUAGGUGGUGCUUUAACUGGUGCUUUCAGUGGAGGAAGCUCACAACCUGCACAAGAACAACAACAAGCUGCUCCUGCAGAGUACCAGAGUCAGCAAUACCCACAACAGUACCAACAACAGGCUUACAGGAACCCAUGUGAAUUUGAAAUCAAGCAGUUUUUGGACUGUGCUGAAAAUCAAUAUGAUAUAUCACUGUGUCAAGGAUUUCAAGAAGCCAUGAAACAUUGCAAACUCACAAACAACGUUAUGUAGACUUUUAAUCAAUGUAUAGGUAUUCAGUGUGCAAAGUGGUGUUUCUUUCUUAGAAAUGAUUUAAUCAUAAACUUUCCAGUUGUUGUGAAACAUUUUUGGCAAUAAUUUUCUUGUAUGUGAAGGAAUCAGAGCUAUCAGUAUUUGCCAUGAAA